CAGUCACCAGUCUGUGGCUGAGGAAGGGUUUUGCUUUUUUAUGCUCUGUAUUGGGAAGGCAGAUAAAAUGCCAGGGCUGGACUGCCUCUGGGGAUAACCUCAGCCUGUGUGAUGUGAAUGAAUAGCCUCUUGCCUAGUAAAUCCCCAGGAAUUGAUAAGGCAAGCGCUGUUCUUCCAACAGGCCUUUUCUAUCUUUUAGUUGUAGCUGUGGCUUCUGUAGCAAUUUUAUUUUUGCCUUGGAAGAGGUGCUCUGGAUUAUCAGACCUCCAUGUAUGACAAUUUGUACCUGCAUGGAAUUGAAGACUCGGAGGCUGAAGAAUAAUGUGAUGUGUUACCCACGAUGGUGUGACCAAAGCUUCAAGCCAAUGGAGAAGACUAGGCCUAAAUAGCUGACCCGGUGAAGUGACAGAUAAAGCCACACCUGGAGUACCACAUCCUCAGCAGUCUUUCUCAGUGCUAAGGCAUUGAUGGCUGGUUCCGCGGAUUCCUACACGAGCAGGCCGUCUGACUCCGAUGUCUCUUUGGAAGAGGAUCGGGAAGCGAUUCGGCAGGAGAGAGAACAACAAGCCGCGAUCCAGCUGGAGAGAGCAAAGUCCAAGCCUGUAGCAUUUGCUGUGAAGACGAACGUGAGCUACUGUGGGGCCUUGGACGAGGAUGUGCCCGUUCCGAGCACGGCCAUCUCCUUCGACGCCAAGGACUUCCUCCACAUUAAAGAGAAAUAUAACAAUGAUUGGUGGAUAGGAAGGCUGGUGAAAGAGGGCUGUGAGAUUGGCUUCAUCCCUAGUCCUCUUAGACUGGAGAACAUACGGAUUCAGCAAGAACAAAAAAGGGGACGUUUUCACGGAGGGAAAUCCAGUGGAAACUCUUCUUCAAGUCUUGGAGAAAUGGUAUCAGGGACAUUUCGAGCAACACCCACAUCAACAGCAAAACAGAAGCAAAAAGUGACGGAGCACAUUCCUCCUUACGAUGUUGUGCCAUCCAUGCGUCCGGUGGUGUUGGUGGGGCCGUCACUGAAGGGUUAUGAGGUAACAGACAUGAUGCAGAAAGCCCUCUUUGAUUUCCUGAAGCACAGGUUUGAUGGGAGGAUAUCAAUAACAAGAGUGACAGCUGACAUUUCUCUUGCUAAGAGGUCUGUCCUAAAUAAUCCCAGCAAGAGAGCAAUAAUUGAACGUUCGAACACUCGGUCCAGCUUAGCGGAAGUACAAAGUGAAAUUGAAAGAAUCUUUGAGUUGGCGAGAUCUUUGCAACUGGUUGUUCUUGACGCAGACACCAUCAAUCACCCAGCGCAACUUAUAAAGACUUCCUUAGCACCAAUUAUUGUUCAUGUAAAAGUCUCAUCUCCAAAGGUUUUACAGAGGUUGAUUAAGUCUAGAGGAAAGUCGCAAAGCAAACAUUUAAAUGUUCAACUGGUGGCAGCUGAUAAACUUGCACAAUGUCCCCCAGAGAUGUUUGAUGUUAUACUGGAUGAAAAUCAGUUGGAGGAUGCAUGCGAACAUCUGGGAGAGUACCUUGAAGCUUACUGGCGUGCUACCCACACUACCAGUAGCACCCCCAUGACCCCUCUGCUCGGAAGGAAUUUGGGCUCAACUGCGCUCUCACCAUAUCCCACAGCAAUUUCCGGGUUACAGAGUCAGCGUAUGAGGCACAGCAACCACUCCACGGAGAACUCUCCAAUUGAGAGACGAAGUCUAAUGACUGCUGAUGAAAAUUAUCACAAUGAAAGGGCUCGGAAGAGUAGGAACCGCUUGUCUUCCAGUUCCCAGCAUAGCCGAGAUCAUUACCCUCUUGUGGAAGAAGAUUAUCCUGACUCAUACCAGGACACUUACAAACCCCACAGGAACCGAGGAUCGCCUGGGGGAUAUAGCCAUGACUCCCGACAUAGGCUUUGAGUCUGCAGAAGCAAACAAAAAAUUCAUCUGUUGACAAUUUGCCAUAGCACUGCUAGGAUAAACCAAUCAUCUUAACUUGGCAAGUACAGCACAGUAUUUACUGUGCUUAUGGGCUGUUGUCAUUUGAAGCUAAGUAAGGGGCAAAAAAAAAAAAAAAGUACAUGAUGCCCUUAAGUCUAGAUGGUUAUUAGAUGCCCAGUCAUAUAGAUAUUUUUAAGCUCAGCAUUUACAUAACAGUACCUUUUGUUUUCUUCAUUAGAUUUAGACACAUCGAUUUGUAAUUUUAGGGUACUUAUCAAGGCACAUAUAAAAUAAUUUCCCAUGCUGGAAAUUCCAAAUGACCAGUUCCAGUUGGAACCAAUUUAUAAACCAAUUCCUGUUGGAAUUUGGGCAAAUCGACUAGAAAGUCUACUUGAGCAUGUUGCAGUCAAUUUAAAAA